CUUCUUUCAUUCACAUGCUUUUAGGUUUAUCCUCUCAGAUUCUGACUCUACUCUGCAGCCAAAAAGUUGAAAAACACAUUUGUUGCUACUUUAUUACAUCUUUACUUGUUCUGGAUUCAUGUACUUGAAUCCUUAAUCUUCAUUGAAAUAUUGGAUUGUUCAUUGUUGCUUUCUGUUUGGUAUCUGAAUUCCUGAAUACUUGGGGCAAUUCUGAAAUACAAUAAUGGAAGAAGAUGAUGUUUACACAAAAGAUGGAACAGUGGAUUACCUUGGAAAUCCAGCAAACAAAAAGAAAACAGGAACUUGGAGAGCAUGCCCUUUUAUCUUGGGAAAUGAAUGUUGUGAGAGAUUGGCUUACUAUGGUAUGAGCACAAAUCUGGUGCUUUAUUUCAAGGAGAGGCUACAUCAGCAUAGUGCUACUGCUUCCAAAAAUGUGUCUAAUUGGAGUGGAACAUGCUACAUAACACCACUGAUUGGAGCAUUUCUUGCUGAUUCAUAUCUUGGUAGAUAUUGGACCAUUGCAUGUUUCUCAAUAAUCUAUGUUCUUGGAAUGACACUAUUGACAUUAUCUGCAUCAGUUUCUGGUAUAAAACCAACUUGCCAUGGCCAUGGAGAUGAAAAUUGCCAUGCCACCACUCUAGAAAGUGCAGUGUGCUUUAUAGCUCUUUACCUUAUAGCCCUUGGAACAGGUGGAAUCAAGCCAUGUGUUUCAUCCUAUGGAGCAGACCAGUUUGAUGAUGCUGAUCCGGUGGAGAAGGAACACAAGAGUUCUUUCUUCAACUGGUUCUAUUUCUCAAUUAACAUUGGUGCUCUUAUCGCUUCUUCGCUGUUGGUAUGGAUUCAGGACAAUGUAGGAUGGGGAUGGGGAUUUGGAAUACCAGCAGUGGCCAUGGCUAUUGCAGUGGCAAGUUUCUUUUCAGGUACUCGGCUGUAUCGAAACCAGAAGCCCGGAGGAAGCGCCCUCACUCGGAUUAUUCAGGUCAUAGUAGCAUCCAUGAGGAAGUAUAAUGUUAAAGUGCCUAAUGAUAAGUCUCAGUUGUAUGAAAUUGCAGACACUGAGUCUGUUAUAGAAGGAAGCAGGAAGCUUGAUCACACAGAUGAGUUAAGGUAAAGCAGUGCAAAAACAAAUUUGUGAUUUUUCAUAACUCAGAAUUAAGAGGAAAUCUGCAAAGUUCAGCAUGGGGUAGUACUUUGCUUUAACGUAACAAAGUUGGUCAUGUUACCACUUUCCAAUUAAUGGCAUCAUGAUUCUUUCAUUCUCCUUCACUAAUUUAACAUGAAAGAACAACUUUUUGAAGGCUCCCGUAGAAGGAGUGCUGUUCAGCAUCUUUUUAAAUACUAUAGAAUGAGAAGUGCCAAUCUUGUACAUAAUAUAUAUGAUAAAAAAAAA